AUGCAUGAGCCAAGGAAAAUUCGCUGGGGAAUCCUCGCAACCGGAGGCAUCGCCAAAGCCUUCGGCCGAGAUCUCUCAGUCGACCCCAAUACGCGGUCAGUUUCUGACAUCUGUCACGAACUUGUCGCGGCCGCAUCUUCAACCUCAAAGUCUAGAGCGGAAGAGUUCCUGCGGCACUGCGAUGCUCCAUCUCACGCCAAGGCCUACGGCUCCUACGCCGAGCUCGUUCAGGACCCUCAUGUUGAAAUCAUCUAUAUUGCCACACCUCACUCUCACCACUAUCAGAACGCCAUGCUUUGUCUUGAAGCAGGCAAGAACGUGCUCUGCGAGAAGGCAUUUACCGUGAAUGCCAAGCAAGCCAGGAAGCUCGCUGAGAAGGCCCGAGAGAAGAACUUGCUCCUGAUGGAAGGGCUCUGGACUCGAUACUUUCCCCUCUCCCUCUACAUCCGCGAGGUCAUCGAGUCUGGCGAAAUUGGUCCUGUUGAAAGGGUUUUGGCCGAACACAGUCUGCCGUACGCAGGUGGUUUCGAGGACGAUUCCCACAUCAUGGUCAAUCCUGAUCUUGCUGGAGGGAUUCUGCUCGAUGGAGGCAUCUACAGCCUGACUUGGGUAUUCCAGUGUCUGUACAGCCUUCAGCCAGCAUCUUCUAGAAGUCUCCCAACUGUCAAAAGUGCUGUUGCCAAGUACAGCCGGACCGGUGUUGACGCAAUGACUACAAUCCUUCUCGAGUUCCCUCGGUCUGAGGAUCAGGGUGGGAUCGCACACGCGGUCGCCUCAACCUCUUUGGGUUUGUCCAAUGAUGCCAUCGCCCAGAGGCAAGGCGCAGUUGUGCCCAAUAUCCGCAUUCAGGGACAGUACGGCGAAGUUCAGGUGUUUCCUCCAGCUUAUCGACCGACCCGAACCAGACUUGUUCUGAAGGAUGGAACGAUUGAUGAUAAGCAAUGGCCGCAGCCAGGCCCAGGCGAGGGAAGUGGAUGGUACAACGGGUAUGGAUCCAGCCCUAAUCCUGAAGGUCAAGGACAUGGAUUGUUCUGGGAGGCCGAUGAUGCUGGCCGGGCUUUGGUGGAAGGCCGCAAGGAGGGUACACAGCUCGGGUUGGAUGAGAGUAUCCUAAUUAUGGAAAUUAUGGACCAGGUGAGAGCUGAGGCAGGGAUUAAAUACCCCGAUGAGGUCGAAACCGUAGAAUUUCCUCUAUAG